AUACCCAAAUAUGAAAAUAUAUAUAAAUCAGGGAUAAGCGUCAGCUCAGUUUCGCAUCGCCAUCUUCGUCUCCAUCGAAACCCCAAUUUCCAUUGCUCCUCUCUUUCUGUGUGUAUGUAUAUGUUGAUGUGUAUGAUACAAUAAUACACACGCGCAUAUACAUACACAUUAUAUAUACAUACAAUCUCGAGCGGGAGUCCUCUUUCUCUGUCUAUCUGUUUAAUCCAAGGAGAGAGAGCUCAUGGGGACCUUGAUGACGAAUUCCGACACCGCGGUGGCUAUCGAGGGUCGAAGCGACGGCGUUUUGGGGUGUAAUCUCAAGCGUGACAAGCUUAUUAUCGAUACUGACCCUGGAAUCGAUGACACUAUGGCAAUCCUAAUGGCAUUUCAAACGCCGGAGUUGGAAAUUUUGGGCUUGACAACAAUAUUUGGUAAUGUCACCACAGAAGAUGCCACUCGCAAUGCCUUGCUUCUGUGUGAGAUCGCAGGGCAGCCAGGUUUGCCUGUGGCGGAGGGAAGCCAUGAGCCUCUGAAGGGUGGAAGGCCACGUGUUGCUGACUUUAUCCAUGGUUCUGAUGGAUUGGGGAAUGUAUUUAUACCUCCUCCAGAAACGAAGAAAAUUGAGAAGAAUGCUGCUGAAUUUCUAGUUGAUACUGUGUCACAAUAUCCUGGUGAAGUAUCAAUACUUGCCCUCGGCCCAUUGACAAACUUGGCAUUGGCAAUCAAAAGGGAUUCUUCCUUUGUAAAAAAGGUAAAGAGGGUGGUUGUACUUGGCGGUGCUUUCUUUGCACUGGGAAAUGUAAAUCCUGCUGCUGAAGCAAAUAUUUAUGGAGACCCAGAAGCAGCAGAUGUUGUGUUUACAUCUGGGGCUAACAUUACUGUUGUUGGAAUAAAUAUUACGACCCAAGUCAAGUUUACAGAUUCUGACCUCCUUCAACUGCGGCAAUCAAAAGGAAAGCAUGUUCAAUUCAUAACCGACACAUGUCAAUUCUACAGAGAUUGGCACGUAAAAUCUGAUAGUGUUUAUGGGAUUUUUCUUCAUGACCCUGUCAGUUUUGUAGCAGUAGUCCGUCCUGAUCUCUUCACAUACAAGAAAGGGGUGGUGAGGGUUGAAACUCAGGGCAUCUGUGUUGGGCACACACUGAUGGAUCAAGGACUAAAGAAUUGGAAUUCAAGCAAUCCAUGGACAGGCUAUUCUCCUGUUGAAGUUGCUUGGACAGUCAACGUGGAUGGAGUCCUUGAUUAUAUAAAAGAUCGACUGAUGGCAUCGUGAGAGCUAUGGGAUUAGGUGACUUCAAUCGAAAUUGUGUCGAUAAAAAAAAAUUUGAAAUGUAGAAGGGUGAUCGCAUGUUCUAGUCAGUCUCAGAGAUAACUCAACUCUGGCGGACGAGCUAGAUCACACUUAAAUUUAGUGAACUUGUAAAACAUUAUGAUAUCCAAGCUGUAAAACUUUCAAAAAGUAGUGAAAAUUCCUUUAAAGUUUUGUG